UGUAUUUAGACAUUCCUCUGCAGUAUUUGCAACCUAAAAUUGUGCUAGUGGAGAAAAAGGUAGAAAUUGAGACCGACUAGCUUAUUUUUCUUUGUCCAAGAUAAGAGAAGCUUAAAGCAAAAGAGCAUGAAUGGUGAAAAGUGAAUUAGAUCUUUAAAAAUCUUCCAAUAUGAAUACUUUUCAAAUGUUUCUCGUAACGCAGGUUUGAGAUACCACACGUGGGGAGUCGUCAACCAUCCUCCUGGCAGCAUAUGCUGUUGCUACUUCUGCCACACAUUCAACUGACUCAUAAGGAAACCCCUUUUAAAUUAUCAACACAAAAAAGUUCCUAGCACUCUUCCACAUCAGUGAAAGGGAAACUUAAAGAAAACAAUGAAGACCAUUAAAUUUCCCUGGCUGCAUGAUAAUAGAAUAUCUAUAUUGCAUGAUUCAGUUCCAUGAAAUCCAAUUCAAGACUGAGAGUGUAUUUGUAGUAUUAACUAUUGCUAUAAAAAGUCCUUUCCAAGUUUGUAUUUUUCCAUGAGGACCAUGUUCCUGAAAUACAGAUAUACUGCUUGGUGUCCUUGAAAGCCUUGAAACCUGUGUUUUGGGUUCAUCUGUGUUUCCAGCAGUGAGCAUGCAGAAUUCAGAGGGCGGAUCAGAUUCAGCGACUUCUGUGGCAUUGCGUACUUCUGCGUCUGCUCAAGCUCCGGUAGUGCAGCCAGUGCCAGCCUCCCAGCAGAGGGUUUUGGUUCAAACAACAAGCUCUCCGCCCAAAGGAGCACAGAUGCAGCAGAUCUCCAUUCCCAGAGUUCAGCAGGUCUCACAGCAGGUGCAAACUGUGCAGCAUGUAUACCCAGCCCAGGUCCAGUAUGUGGAAGGAGGAGAGGCUGUCUACACCAACGGAACCAUCCGAGCCGCCUACUCCUACAACACCGAAGCUCAGAUUUAUGCCCCCAGCAGCGCAGCUUCCUAUUUCGAACCGCAGGGAGGUGGAGCACAGGUGACUACAGCGGCAUCCUCUCCUACAGCCAUUCCCUCUCACAGCAUGGUGGGCAUCACUAUGGACAUUGGGGGCAAUCAGAUCCUCUCCGGCUCAGGAGCCUAUCUCAUUCAUGGGGGGAUGGAAAACACUAGACACUCUCUGUCACUAACUUCACGCUCCUCUCCAGCAACGCUUGAAAUGGCAAUUGAAAAUCUACAAAAAAAUGAAGGGAUUACAUCACACAAAAGCAGUUUGCUCAACAGCCAUCUCCAGUGGCUGUUGGACAAUUAUGAGACUGCUGAAGGUGUGAGUCUUCCCAGGAGCUCGCUGUAUAACCAUUACCUGCGGCACUGCCAAGAGCACAAACUGGAUCCAGUGAAUGCUGCUUCCUUUGGAAAACUGAUUCGUUCUGUGUUCAUGGGGCUGAAAACUCGGCGCUUGGGAACAAGUGAAGAAGAACACGAAGGGGUCAUCUCAAAGGACAAGCUCAUCACUCUGUGUAAAUACGAUCCUAUCCUGAAAUGGAUGAGAAGCUGUGAUCACAUCCUGUAUCAGGCCCUGGUGGAGAUCCUCAUCCCUGACGUGCUGAGGCCGGUGCCUGGCACCUUGACGCAAGCCAUCCGCAAUUUUGCAAAGAGUUUGGAAGGAUGGCUGAUGAAUGCAAUGAGCGAUUUCCCCCCACAGGUAGUCCAGACAAAGGUUGGAGUAGUGAGUGCCUUUGCACAGACGUUACGGAGAUACACUUCCCUGAACCAUCUGGCUCAGGCAGCGCGCGCUGUGCUCCAGAACACCUCCCAGAUAAACCAGAUGCUCAGCGACCUCAAUCGAGUGGACUUCGCCAACGUGCAGGAGCAAGCCUCCUGGGUGUGCCAGUGUGAAGAAGGCACGGUGCAGAAGUUGGAGCAGGAUUUCAAACUCACCCUACAGCAGCAGAGCUCCCUCGAUCAGUGGGCCAGUUGGCUGGAUAACGUUGUCACCCAAGUUCUAAAGCACCAUGAGGACAGCCCCAGCUUCCCCAAGGCAGCUAGGCAGUUCCUGCUGAAGUGGUCCUUCUAUAGCUCUAUGGUGAUCCGUGACCUCACCUUGCGCAGCGCUGCCAGCUUUGGUUCCUUUCACCUGAUUCGCCUGCUCUACGAUGAAUACAUGUUUUAUCUGGUAGAGCAUCGUGUUGCCCAGGCAACAGGGGAGACACCAAUUGCUGUAAUGGGAGAGUUCAGUGACCUUGCAUCCAUGUCCUCAACACUGCUGGAUAAAGAUGACAUUAGCGACCUUGGAGGCGAGGCAGAUGCAGAUUCCCGAAGUGUCGGCGAGCCACUAGUGAAGCGCGAACGUAGCGACCCUGGCUACUCGCUGCAAGAGAUCUAGAACAGGGACUUGGGUUUCCUCCAGCCAGAUGAAAUGUCUGAAGACUUUUGGACCCGGGUUUGAAAGUCAAGCCUGAAUUGCCUAGUACGCGGCGAUAUUAGUGCCUCUUAGUUUAUCUUAACGUUUACUUCUGUUCGAGAAAGGGUUUAAGGCCGUGUGAGCAUGUGUAAAGGAUGCAGCGGUUUGUGAAGAGGGUAGCAGUUUGUCCGUACAGGAAGAGCCGAUUGGAGGCCUGCUUUCUCCAUCUUUCUACGUGUAAAAGGAGCACAAUUGGUAGGUGAAGGGUGAUGGUUCAAAAAAAAAAAAUCCAUGAAGGACAACGCCUUCAUGGCUGACAAUGAAUUGAACUCCCUGGCCUUGGGAUGCUCCCAGGACGGGUUGCUUGAGCCCUGUUCACCUGAUCAGGUUGCUUUGGAGUAGAGGGGGUCAGAUUAGGAGUUAAGGGGGCUUCUGUUUCAGGGGGCGGGGUUUGGGUUUCUUCUCCGCUUUUUCAGACUUCACUGUGAUAUGGAACUUGCACCAGUCAGUGCCCGAGAAGAACCCUCCUAUGCCCUUUUGGGAUGGGGCGUCCAGCCUGGCCAUUCACACUGUGGGAUUACAGUACAACCUUCUCUUGUACCUACUUGGAGAGAAGGGCCCUGUGCUGUGUCUCUAUCUGACCCGUGCAGGGUGGUGCGUAGUGUGUAGUUUGGGCUUUGCAUGACACAACUUUCCUACCCGAUCCUCUGUUACUUGCUGUGUAUUGCUGCUUGUAGUCCCUGAAUGAUUCUGUGACCGCCCUGUAAAUGGUUCAGAACUCUGACUCUGCCGGGAGCGUCUGGGACCCUUUCCGUCUGAUUUGAGAUACCAAAGGACUUGGAGGAAGCAGCAGCUGGUCACAACAUUUGUUCUUUGCUCUCCACGCUCUAAUGCGAACAGUAACUGUAGGGAGACAACAAAAGGAAUAAGGCAUGCGCAUCCUCACCAGGAUAUUUCAACGUAAGGCAGAUUUAGGCCCAGAGCCUCAGCACCUGUUAUAAUUUUUAACAGUCAGAUCUGCCAUGCUGCCCAAAUGUUGAAUGUAGGGUCUGGGGGGGUUGGUGUGGGGGGGAAAGAGCAGCUAACCCAGGGCACAGGCCUGUGGCAUGAGCAUGGCUGCCGGGGUUACAUUGCAGUGCCUUAGGGAGGACUGGCGCACCUGCUUUCCUCUGCCGUUCCAGUUUAAACUGACACAGUAGUGCCUGUCGCUCGGAAUACGAGGUCUGAAAACAGUAAGUUAACCAGUUUCCAUGUAGCAUUCGUGAGCUCCUUGGGGGGCACUUUGGCCAGGUUCAUGCUCCACCCCACAGUGGCAACUCCCAGCCUUGUAUCAUUUACCACUGCAGAUCAUUCUCAUUGCUGUGACCGAACACUGCACAUGUGUGGCUUAGAGAAUCUGUCCCAAGGUGUUUAUGUACACUGCUGUGUCCUGUAGGGCUCAUGUUAUGUCAUUAUCUACGCGGUGGGAGAAGGGACAAAAUUCUAGCAUCAAACCAAACGGCGCAAAAAAAGUGCAAAUUUUUGUGAAUAAAUGCGGUGUCAUAACUAGCUUUCAUUAUUAUUUCUGAUUUAUAUGAGUAUUUACUGUGAGCUUUCCCCAAACUCUCAUGUGCAUUUGCAUAUCGAAGUAUAAUCUAUCCACCAUAUAAUACUCAUUAAUUCCAAAAGGUACUAACAAUGCAGUAGCAAUUUUUUUUUAAGUGUGAGAGCUAAAGGAAAGUUGGCUAGUGGCAGAUCUUCCUACACUAGGUUACAGUACAGUUGUCCAUGCGAGGGUGCUGUGUCUCUAGAAAUGUCACAAACUCAGGGAGAGACAUGGCAAAGCGUGACUUGUUUGCAGAACUAAAUUUGUAAAGACUGGCAGGGUCUAGUGUCCUAGCCACUGUCUGAACCUCAGAUGCCGCGGCUUAAAAACAACCAGCACAAUCUUACAUUCCCUUGCUCUUGAAGAAUUUGAUGUUAAUUGCAGCUGUUAUUCUUUGCAGCUUGUAACCGCUGAAUACAUCAAACUUCUGCUUGCCACGUAAGUGCAAAUGAGAAUACAAGUGAGGUAGGCCAGCUAUUUUGAUAGAUGCCCAAAAUGGACAUGGCACAAAAAUCCCAGUUAAUACAUGUUUAUUACUGUUCUUUUUUUAAGGGCUCAGACCUAUAUAAGAACAAAUUCUUAUGGCCCCCGUUCCUUCUUUAUCUACCCAAACCCUACUGCUGUAGCCGCUCAGAGGGCAAGCAUGGGCUCCACAGAGGCUGUCAGCUUAAAGCAAACCUGAUCACCUCACUUUUCUUUGAAGUUAUCUGCUUCAGCUAGGUGGUUCUGUGCUGGGGUGCCUGCCCUGAGAGAAGAGGACAGGACCACACAGUGAGUUGGCACCUCAGAGCCUUAAUUAGAGACUGCCUUACUGCCCCCCCCAGCCUUUAAUCAUUGUCAUGUGAUGGAAGGGAAGUUGGGGAGAGACACUGAAGACAUGACAGUCCACCCCCUGGAACAUAUUCUCCUCCAAAUACCAUAUAAACAUGGCUCACAGAGGCAGGGGUGGAGGGAAGGGAGGGGCCUUUGUACCUAUAUCAAACUAUCUUUAUAUAGCCUCCCAUGUGGUAUAGAUACAGCUGUGGGGGUUUGGCCCUGGCCAGGGAAGCUUUCCCUCCACAUGAGGCUGAAAAACAAUAGAGAACAGAUGCUAAAAAGUUAGUGAUUCUGUGCUGGUCACAUGACCAGGGUGCACUGAAUGUUCAGGUCCCUUUCACACCUGCUGUCCAGCAAACGUACUCCCAAGGUACUACUGUGCUGGCCAAAUAAUGAACACUCUCGGUGAAAUGUCCUGUGCAUGAGGCUUCCACAUCAUCUCAGCUGCUGAGGGAAUAAACAUCUACCUACCUAAAUCCUGCUACUGUCAUCACUGGAGCCACUUGUGGGAAGGAUGGACUCGGGAACUCCCAUUGAGCUUAACCCCAUAAUCAUCCAUAGCCUAUGGUGACAGAGCAGAGGGGAGCAGCCCUUUCACAUUGCCAUCAACCUGCCUUUUGGCAGGGACACAGCCCCUAGCAUGCAGCUGCGGGACAGGAAGGUUGAGAAGUUUUCUGGCCCCUGUGUGGUGGGCCCUGUUUCUAAACCCUGUGUGUAACACCCUAGACCACAGAUGCUGAUUUGCUCACUUCCAGUAUUUUCUACAGAAUACAGUCUUGCUGGCUGUGACUUAAUUCUCUUUUAUUUGGCAGCUGCUGAAAUAUGUAGAUGAGUUGUUAUUAACGAUUAAAGCGUCAGAAAAGGCCA